UCAAUUGUGACUGCGGUUGUCAAACAGUUCUUGCGUGGCGUGUACAGUAUCGAAUUUUUCCCCCAUAACUACUCGCACUAUAUCGUAGGUACUGCCAAAGUGGAGAAGGGCCGAGCAACGGAGGAGCAAUUUUUGCAGCUGCACAGACGGAACGGAACUGAACAGGAACAGAACACGAAACGAGCUACACGUUAAAAUGGCUUUGAAUGGCUUUGGUCGACAGCAGGAGGAGCAGCAGCUUGGACGCCGCCUUCGUCGUCCUGUCAGUGCAGCCGUCCUCUUAAUCGCCUUGUCGCUGCUCAGCGAGGCGCUGAUGCUGCCACCGGCUGCGGCGCAGCGUGACGAGAACUAUCCACCGCCGGGCAUAAUGAAAAUGGCGAAACCCUUCCACGAUUCCUGUGUGGAGAAAACGGGCGUCACCGAGGCGGCCAUCAAGGAGUUCAGCGACGGGGACAUACACGAGGACGAGAAGCUCAAGUGCUACAUGAAUUGCUUCUUCCACGAGAUCGAAGUGGUUGACGAUAAUGGCGAUGUUCACUUGGAGAAACUCUUUGCCACUGUUCCACUCUCCAUUCGGGAUAAGUUGAUGGAAAUGUCCAAGGAUUGUGUGCAUCCCGAGGGAGAUUCGCUGUGCCAGAAGGCCUGGUGGUUCCAUCAGUGCUGGAAAAAGGCCGAUCCCAAGCAUUACUUUUUGGUUUGA